AAAUAUUUAACGCAUGCGACGGCUUACAUAAUGCGUGUAAGGGGGGUUUUGGUUCGCGCAUCUUGACAAACUCACUCCAAGAAACCAACUGGAGGAACACCACGGAGGAGCGGAGACAAAACGGAGUGGCAUCCAAGCUUCCUGGGACUCGCAACAAUUCUCUCAUGCGGGCCCCUUACCCGAACGUGAUACCAUACUGGCCUGAGAGUAAAAAUCCACACCCCGCUCGUUAGGUCGCUCAACAGACACACGAAAAUGCCUUUCGACUCGUCUGACAGAUAUCACGAGAAAGAAUAUGUAGAUGAAGAUUUUACACCUAGAGGCCUGGCCGAUGAUGAUGAUGAUGAUGACGGUGAUCACGAUGUCGGUGGUGACGAUGACGGGGAUAGCGAGAUGGAAGAUGAGGCAGAUUUUCAGUCGCACUACUCAGAGAGACACUCAUCGUCUGUUUCUACCUCUAGCGACGAGGACUUACACGAGCGCGCGACAGCCAACGGUGAGAAUGUGAUGGGGCCAUCUGCAUUCCUGUCCAAUACUUCACUUCCCAAUGCAUUUGCGCCUCCAUUCUACAACCGCCCCCCUACGCCGCUGCCUCCAUCGCCCUCAUUAACGUCUCUCCUCCGGCCAUCAUUUUCUACAACAACAUCGCGACCCACCACACCGGACAGCUCCGAUGUUGAGAACCUAAAUGACAUGGAAGCCGCUGUGGCGCGUUCUGCGCGUACUGCAAUUACCGUGCCACGUGCAAGCCCUAAGGUGCCAACGUAUGAGUACUAUGGAUUUGUGCUCUAUCUUGCUUCGUCACUCGCUUUCUUGAUAUAUCUUUUGUGGUCAUACCUUCCCUCACCUUUCCUUCACCAACUGGGGAUUUACUACUACCCAAAUCGCUGGUGGUCUCUUGCGAUCCCAAGUUUCCUCAUAGUGACAAUCAUCUAUAUUUAUGUUGCAUUAUCCGCCUAUAAUACUGGAUAUCUUACACUGCCGAUGAGUAGCAUCGAAAAUAUCGUGGAUGAAGUAGCAAAUAUUGCAGUCAUUGAUAGCAAGGGCAGAAGACGCCCUGGUGGAUCUGAGAAGAUGAAUCCCAAUGCUGCCACAGCACAAAUAAUGGGUCCCCAGAAAAGAAAGCUGGAAUGGAAAUACAUCUGGAAUGAGGGAACAGAUGCAGUGAUGGACAUACCCGUUGGUGGUGUAUGCGAGGUACUUUAUGGAGGUAAUGAAACCAGUUGAUGCAGGCUAUGAUCGCAAGUUGCAUCGCGGGAACUCCUUUCAGGGUAUGAAUGUCCGCAGGGGCUGACCGUAACCGCCAUAGAAGUGAACAUCGCGGGAUAUCAGGAUUCAACCUUGGGCGGACACCUGCGGCGAUGCAGCUGUACGUGGCACUUUGCCCAUCAGAUCUCGCCAUUGCCUCGGCUGAUUCGCCGACUCACUCAGCCUCUGCGGCCGCAUUGAUUUAACACACACAUUUGUCCAUUUUGUAUUCUUAAAAUAAGGCAUAAGAUUGGGUCGUUUUCGCUUGCCGCACAUCUGAGAGAUACCUGAACGCAGAGACGUACAUAGUAGAAAGGGGCGAGGAAUUCCAUUUUCGCUUGAUGGUUCCUAAAAUGCCGAUGAUCGAUAGAGAUGAUGAGUCUAGGAAGGAUUACGUAUCGACUUUUCCUAUCCCUUCUGUCACUCCCAACUUCGUGUGGACUUGCUAGGGAAUUUGGGCGCAGAUUUCUGGAUUCCGUCAACAUUACCAAAGCAUUUAAUGCACGUCACCGCCUCCAUCUGUUCAAGUCGAUCUCGAUGAGGUUGCGCUUGAGCAAUAUGGCCUGGCUACGGAUGUUUCACAGUCGCGAGCAACGAAACCUCUCAGGAAUAAUCACGGCAGGAUCAUUGCCAUUCGCCGUCAUGGAUGCUCUCAGUGGUACUCGAAUUUCAACCAUGACAGCGCUCGCUCCCAGUCAUCAGUUACGCCACAAAUCGCAACUUCAACAUUCCUCAGGUCCAGCAUAAACGGGCCGACCUAUUUGAACGCUUGGCUAUUUCAUGUGCAAUAAGACUUGACCGAGGGACACAACUUGUAUGGCCAUGGCUCUUUGUCCGCGACAGGCGAUUGUUCCGGCCUUGGAUAUAUGGCUGACAACGGCAUAAAGACCUGGGGAGCCUAUUUUCACGACCUGUGAAAAAUAAGACUCAAAUGGUCACCUGAUAUCAAAAAAGCUUGCCUCGGAGGUAUUUCGUCCACUGGGCCAUCAUUAUCCAGCACCGUUCACAAAUGUAGGUGUUCUGUGUGACCGUCUUACGGAACGCACGCUGCAGUCGUCGGCUCGGUUGCUUGAAUGGCAUCGAUUAGGCGCCUGUACAUGUCACCAUAUCUGCAGAUGUUACACCCCCUUAUCAAGCGUGUGCGGGAGCGCUACGUUAUAUAUACCAAACUUAAUCAUGCAAUCUUUUGAUCGGAGUGGGUAAUCAAGGCCUUGCCGUGGAAAGCGAUAACGCAACUUUCGUCCAGGGAAACGUCAACGAACGACUGACCCGGCCAUUAUACCCGUCUUAAGGACUGGGAAAGUAACGGCACGUCCCACCUUGAACAUUUUCAGGACGACUGCAUGCCGCAUGCAGCAGCUGAACCCAGAUUUCGUGUAGAUCCUUUUUGGGGAGUGUAUUGUUGUCCUGCAAGAGCCUACUGUGGUGUCGAGGAGAUCACAACCGAAUGACUCGAGGCUCUGCUGGACAAAGCGGCUGUGGAUCAAAUUGCUUGAUCAUCUGUCAGAAUUGUUCAAUUCCAUUUUGUGGAGCAGGUUAGAGUUUCAUCUGGGUUGACUGGUAACCUAGCUACUGUUUCCUUUCCGUAUCCUUGCAAUAGAUUAUUUAGAGCAGCUGGGUGUCUGACCAAGUUUUAUCUGACCUAAAUUUCAAGUUUGAAGAUGUAAUGGAGUCGGGUCUGACAUUUGAGGUUGAUGUAUUUCACGCCCACGUUACGUAUUGACCUCAUUGAGUCCCCCCAAGUUUCCUAUCCUAGUAUUAGCAAGAGCAAUAGGGCCACACUAGAUUGUGAGUGGUCAAGGAUCGUUGGGAUUUGUAGAGAAACUCCUACGAAGCUAACGAUGCAACCUGAAACGUGCAGGUGGACGGUACUGUAUAUAACAAUGAAAAAGCUGCCUGGAUGAAAAGGGUCAGGAUGGGGCCUAGCGCGCAUAUGUUUGCUCCGAGGACGACUCCGAGGUUGACGAAUGAGUUUACAAAGCGUUCAAUCCUUGCUUGAUCGGGAACAACAACUUUGUGAUCUCAGACUCCAUGUCCGCUAAUUGCAGGGCGUCCAAGUUAGUGGAAACACUGAAAUUGAAUAAAUACGCAAGCGUGCCCGCAAAGCGGCGCGGGAUUCGAGAAUUGUCUAGCAACCUGACCGUGGACACUGACUCAUGAAACCGCAAAGUGUAUGAGCCACAUCCGUAACGCUGAGUUGAUUUUAUGGGGUGAAAGUGGCGUCAUAGGUGCCUCCGCACAGACUUGAAGAACUGCAUGUACUCCGUAGUCAUUAUUAUUGAUCUCAAAUAGCUGCGUGGACGGACACGGACUUUGAGCCGAUUGGUAACCUUAGUGGCUAGGGUGCGGAUGCCGCCGCAUGCUGAGCAGUGGCUUGACUUGGCCAUGUGGAUAUAGGAGCGCCUACCCAUUGUCCUGUCGAUUGUAGAGCAUGCGACUGGCAAUCCCUCAACUUUAAAAUGUUUUUGUAGCACACAAGCCUUGGUGUGCUAAUUAUUGCAGAGCUAGAGCCUAGUUCACAUUAGAAAACAGUGAUUCUACAGACAGACUGCAUUAUAGUAGAAUUGAAUAUUUUCAUCAUCAUUAUCAUUUUUC